AUGGGGACCGUGUCGCUGGCGUCGGGGCUGGCGGUGGCCCCCAUGGGCUGGGUGCUGCUGCUGGCGGCCACGGCGGCCCCGCGGUGGCGGGAGCUGCCCGAGCGGCCCGGCUACCCCCGCGACGUCUCCUUCAGCGAGGGCCUCUGGGAGAGCUGCGUGGAGGUGCUGGCCCGGCCCGGCGCCGCCUGCCGCCCGCUGCCCGAGGAGGCCGCCCGCCUCUGGCCCUUGCGGGCGGCCGCCGUGGGCUCGCUGCUGCUGGGCGCCCUGGCCUACGUCCUGGCCGUGCUGGCGGCGCGCUGCUGGGCCCCGCCGCCCCGGCCCGGCCUGGCCGCCGCCGCCGGGCUGCUGCUGACGCUGGCGGGCGCCCUGUACCUGGGCGCCGCCUCCUACGCGGCCCACCGGCUGCUGGAGGACCUGGCCAGCCCCCAGACCCCGCCGGCCGAGCGCUUCCGCCCCGGCGCCUGCCUCUACCUGGGCUGGAGCGGCGGCGGCGCCGAGGUGCUGGCCGGCGUCUGCCUCGCCGCCAAUUGCCGGAGGAAGAGGGAGGCCGGCGCCGGGCCGGCGGCUGCCCCGUACGAGGUGGAUUACUGA